AUGUGGGACAGUGGAUUUUUGGACAUUGCUGAAAUCCAACAUCACAAGCAUGAUAUUCAGUGGAUCAAGUCAUUUCGACGUUCAACAGUGCUUAGUAGUUUUAGCUCGUACAUAAAUCAUUAUGAAGUACAUCAACUACGCUUGUUCAUGCACUCAAUAUUGGAAGCUAUCUUAGAGAACUGCAAAUGCGAUGAAAACUUUGAAAUUAAUGUGGAGGAGAGGGAACGACGUAAAUUGCUGUUGCAGUGUCUUGUGAAUACAGCUAAUCACUCACCAAAGCUAGUCUUUGCAUUAUUAUUAAAACUUCGUUCAUGUGCUGACGAAUUUUCGGACAGUUGUCUAAAAGUAAUGCUAAGAUGGUACUGGCUACGCAACGAGUCAUUGGCUGCUGUAAUCAGUUUUUCAAAGCCCGAGAAUGGAGAAAUGCAUUAUAAAAUUGUGUAUGAGUGCUGCGUUCUAUGGAAUGAAGUUUGCCAUGUAAUUAAAAAAUUGGAAGGUAAUGAAGUAAAUUCUAUAUCAAAGUUUAGUGCUGAAUCUGGAAUAAGUGAAAACAAUGUGCAAGAAGCAUAUGAAACACGUACUUGCAGAUCUUGGUUGAUAGCAAUAUUUUCAAAAUUUUUGGAAGAUAAUGAAAGUUUUUUCUCUGUCUGUUGUGAAAAUAUGGAGUCGUGCUCACUUGAUACAUUUAUUGAUAUUCUUGAUACUGUGAUAGAAUUUGGCGAAGAAGGGUCAGGUGUCAAACUUGCUAUUGGAAACGUGAAGUAUGUCUUGUCAUUUUUGGAAAGAGCAUUGAAAAUUUUUGGUCCACUUGAAUAUAUUGAAACAGAAAUUGAAGAGGAUGAAAAUUUCAACUCCAAUGAUAUUGUUCGCAUAUGUAUCCUUCUGGAAAUCAUUUUAAAAUUGGCAUCGUUAGAUUCUUAUCGCACAGUUUAUGUAGCAGAUACAACAGCACUGAAAUUGGUCCUUCAUGUCUUGGAAGGAGUGUGUUUUCUUUCAUUUCAUAUUUUGCAUUAUGAGUACUGCAAACAGCAAGGAUGCAAAGGAAAUUUGAAAUCUGAAGAUAAAUUUGCAAGUCGGCCUGAAAUAAAUUUGACAGUAAGGAAUGCUUCUAAUGUAAACUGCAUCCGACGUUUCGGUGAAUAUUUAAGGAAAUAUGAGAACACGAAGUUGAUUGCAACUAUAAAAAUGUCUUCUUUGGAGUUAUUAGGCAUUCUUUGUUAUCUCAAUGAUUUGAAUCGUGAAUACGCUGGAAUUCAUGAUGGCAUAACAUUACUUCUUCGUUGUAUGUAUACAUGCGAUAACCAUGAUCAAUUUGGGAGACUUUAUGCAAUUGCUGCUUUGCGACAUUUAGUUUUAGGUUAUGCACCAAAUCAACUGCGAUUAGCACAACUUGCUCAGGAACCAUCAGCGGUAAUUGAUCGAGAUGGUUUACUAAAAGAAUUGGGCCUACGUGCUGUGUACGAUCGGAAAGCGAAGAAGAUUCGGCUAGAAUCAAUAGCAAAAUAA